CCAUACCCCAAGCACAAGCAGUCAGUCCCCCCAAUCUCGGCCCCCAAGCCCCCCAAGCCCUCCCUGGCGGCUCAGCCCGCUGCAGUGGUGACCCCCGGGGUCAACGUGACUCUGACGUGCCGGGCGCCCCAGCCCGCCUUGAGAUUCGUGCUCAAGCUGGGAGAGGGCCUCCCGGUGCAGUACCAGUACCCCCAGUACCUGGACGGACCCCAGGCAAUGGCCCAGUUCCUCCUGGAGGCGGUGACCACGGCGCAGGGCGGCAGUUACCGCUGCGAGUACCUCAGCCGGGACUGGUCCCAGCCCAGCGACGCCCUGGAGUUGACGGUGACAGAGCUCCUGCCGCGCCCGUCGCUGGAGGCGCUGCCCGGGGCCCCGCUGAGCCUGCGCUGCACCGGCCGCGCCGGCAACAUGAGCUUCGCGCUGUACCGCGCGGGCGAGGCGCCGCCGCUGCAGGUGCGCCAGUCCGCGCUGCCCUGGGCCGACUUCCCGCUGCCCCGCGCCCGGGCGCCCGGCACCUACACCUGCUACUACCACACGCCCGCCGCGCCCUACGUGCUGUCCCCGCGCAGCGAGCCGCUGGUCAUCAGCCCGGAGGGCUCGGGCCCCGUGGACUACACCCAGGGCAACACGGUGCGCCUGGCGCUGGCGGGGCUGGUGCUGCUGGCGCUGGCCCUGCUGCUGGGCUGGGAGUGGCGCGACUGGCGACGGGCGGCGGGCCGGGGCCCGGGGGGCCUGGAGCUCGGCCCCGCGGCCUGAGGCGGCGCCCCGAGGGCAGAGGCAGCAGGACGCCCGGCUGAGCCCAGCGCCCCCCAGUAACAGUGACCACCGCCUCUGUCCCGCCCGCGGCCUGGCCUCUUCCCCUGGGCCCUUUGUCCAGGCCUCCGGGAUCCGCGCCCGGUCCGGGUUCGAGCCCCAGCACUGCUGCUCACCCACCGUGUGCCAGCAGGAAGGCGGCCCCCUGCGCCUCGCUCUCCCUGGCUGUGCCAUGGGCGUUCUGCUACUGCUCAGCUCUGGGACCUGGAGGGUGAAGGGGACAUGACGCCGGCAGCAUUGUAAACAGUGACAGGCCCGUAGCAAAUGCUCAGGGUUAGCGACUGUGUAACGGAUUCCUAUCCAAGUCUUGUGGUUUUGCCGAAACCGGGUUGGCUCAGUGGAUAGAGCGUCGGCCUGCGGACUG